AUGUUUCAUUCACCAUCGACAAAACUGUUCAAAUCGCAAAUCUUUCUCGCGCUCGUGCUCUCUUGGACGCUUCUCGGUUGCCUCGUCGCGUUCGACCACCAAAGUUCGCGAGAUGAUAUCGCAAGCAGCAGCCCCGGGAGUUUUCUUUCUUCUCUGUUCGAGGCGUCGUCGUCGGUGUCUUCGUCGUCGUCGAGGCGCGCGUUGUUGCAAGAAGAAACCGAAACCAACGAUGGGGUGACUGCACAAAGUGGACCAAUGGCGAGAGCGUCCGUGUGGAACCCGAUCAUACAGCCGACGACGAUUUUAAGGAUUGCGCUUCUCAUAAUCCAGAACGCAGCUCUGAACAAUCCAACUGCUGGGUUUCUUCAAAUGGUAUUGAACACGGAGUUGGCGCUCACGCGGUUCUCGAACGUGUUCGCAUCUUUAGCGGCAGGGGUCGUGCAAGAUUACUCGCAAGGCGUGUCGAGUUCGAGCUCCAUCGGAAACGAAUGGGUAAUUGAUGGCGAGAGCAUAUUUACGAGCUCAAAGGCGAGCGAGUUCGUGGUAGGCGGAGCGUUCGGACUCGAACAGUUUUUCGGGGUUGGUUUUGAGGUGACGGGCGACGCGGCGGCGGCGAUUGCGCAGUUUUUGAAACCGAACCCGUUUAACGAGCUCAAAGAAGAACUCAUGGAGUGUCACAGCGAUACAAACGGAACGUUUUAUCAUUUCAACGAGACGUUUUAUCAUGACGAUGGGACAGAGAUGGCGAGCGAGACGGCGCAGAGUUUGAAUGAUUUUUCAAACUGUACGAACACGACGAUGUUUCAUAAAGGCGAUCAAAAAGGAGAAGAAGAAGAAGAAGAAGAAAAUGUUGGCCAAAGACGGAAGUUGCAGCAGCUCACUAAAGAUGAUUUGAAGAAGAGAAAGAUGCCAGAGAACGUGCAGAAAAUUCUCGUUCAUGAGAGGGUCAAGGUGCCUAAAUUUCUCGAAAAAGCGGCUGCGCAACACACGCUGAACAGACAUCAGGCGCGAAAACAAAACGACCACUCCCAGCAUCCAUCCUUUUUUAACGACGAAGAAAAACGAAGACGUUUGCAAGAAAUUGUGAACGACGAAGACGAGAAUGGUGACGAUGCCAGGAAAGGAAACGUAACGUUCGACGACGUGGAAGCCCUCACGACUGAAUGGUUUGAUUCGUUUCCCAAUGCGUUACCGAUUUCCAUCAGAGAUAAUUUUCUCGCGCUUCUCGAAGAAACCAUCGUUGAUCCUCAAAUUCGUAUUGAAAUUGAAAUUAUCGUUGCACUUGUUGGCGUCGCAGAACCCGGUCGCGGUACUACGGCGGCUGAAGUCGCCAGUGAAGUUGAAUGGACCGGACAAGUCGUUUUACACGGUUACGAUGCUGCGAUUGAUGUUGCUUCUACGUGGGAGACGGCUAACGCAAUCGCGGGAUCUGCGAGCAAAGGCUUGGCGAUUGCUGAGGCGAUUAAUGACGCGACUGAAAUUGUCGGAGCGGUUACAGAAAUCGUUGAUACCGUGAAUGCCAUUCAAAGCGAAAAUAUCCGAGGCGCGGAAAGCGAUGGAUCAGUCGAGGCGCAAAGCGGCGACGAUGGAUCGUCAACAAUCAACGUUACAGAACUAUCGCAGUAUGUGAAACCGAUUUCUAUGAACGACACUGUUCGCGCUCGGAAAGAUUCGUACAGCCCCGAUACGGCUUCAUGUGAAAACGGCGAUGGUUUGUGUGUUGAUAGCGGCGACGGCCAACGCCGAAGACGACGUGUACUUCUGCAACAAGGACCGAUUGGACCUGAAAUUAUUGGUGGCGGUGGUCUCCAGAACGUUUUGGGACAGUUCACACCGACGGGUGGGGAAUCAGAGGCGUUUGGGGCGAUUUCUGGCACGUACGCGGCGACCGUUGCCCUUGUGUUUCUUGAACAAGUGAGUAUAAACGGCGGAUCCAUUACGAUCAUUUGA